CUUCCCGCCACUUUUUAAUCCCUCGCUCAUCCCCCCUCCCCCCUCUCUCUUCUUCCACAUUUCGAGCUCGACCAUGGCCGAAGAAGACACGACUUCAACGAUCCGGCCUGAUUUCCCGACCGGCCGAGUCAAGAAGAUCAUGAAGCUCGACAGAGACAUCAACAAGGUGAACUCGGAAGCGCUACUUCUGGUCACCUGCUCCACACAACUAUUCCUGGAGUUCCUCGCCGGGAGAUCUGCUCAAGUCGCUGCCGAGAAGAAGCGAAAGACCGUGAAGCUGGACCAGAUGAGGAUCGCCAUCAAGAGGCACCGACCGACCAGCGAUUUUUUGCUCGACUCCCUUCCUGCACCGGCUCAGUCUGCUAAUGGCGAACCAGCCAAUAAGGUCCGGUCUCGGCCGGUCGCUGAGAAGCCGGUUCCGGCCGGGACGCGGAGGAUCGAUGAUUUCUUUGGCAAGCCCCGAGCAGAUAAUUUCAGGACAGCAUGCAGCUUGAAGCUUCCAAGUAAGGGACCACUUUAGAGAUGGAUGCUAGAAUGAGGCGGAAAUAAGCAACCGAUGCUCGAAAGUCUAAUCUAAUCCCAGUAACCACGUCAAUAUAAUGGAAGGGUGAGCUGUUGUAUAAAGAGACUGGUCAUCUGUAUGCAGGACGUCCAAGCGCAAACAUCACUUUCUCAUACUUGAGACGCAUCUCUCGUUUUUUUAUGAUCAAUGCCC